AUGGCGGCUUCUUUGCAAUCCUUUAACCCUACAUUGGCCCGAGCUUUUUCUCCUCCACGCAAACUUUCCUUCUCUCCCUUCCAUUCUCCAGUCCUCAAACUCCUUUCCUCCUCUACCGCCUCCUUCCAGCCCUUAGUUUCUUCUCCUUCCUCCUCCUUCUCUAUUUCGCCGCCGUGUGUCGCCGCGUCUUCUGCGGUGGAGACGGAUGCCACGAAGACCUUUCAUGGCCUCUGCUAUGUCGUCGGUGACAACAUUGACACCGAUCAGAUCAUCCCCUCCGAGUACCACACCCUCGUCCCCUCGAACCCGGCCGAGUACGAGAAGCUCGGUUCCUACGCGUUCAUUGGCCUCCCGGCUUCGUACACCACGCGCUUCGUGGAGCCUGGUGAGAUGAAGACAAACUACUCGAUAAUCAUCGGCGGUGACAACUUCGGCUGCGGAUCGUCGCGCGAGCACGCUCCGGUAGCUCUGGGCGCCGCCGGAACGAAGGCGGUGGUGGCUGAAUCGUAUGCUCGGAUCUUCUUCAGGAACUCAGUGGCGACCGACGAGAUUUACCCUCUGGAAUCGGAAGUUAAGGUAUGUGAGGAGUGCAAGACAGGGGGCAUGGUGACGAUCGAGCUGAAGGAAACCGAUAGUGUGUUGAUCAAUCACACGAUAGGGAGGGAAUACAAGCUGAAGCCCAUCGGAGACGCCGGUCCGGUCAUCGACGCCGGCGACAUUUUCGCAUAUGCCCGGACGACCGGCAUGAUUCCAUCUGCAUCAUCCUGA